AUGGUCACGGGACGUUGGAGAGCAAAGUUGCAGAGACUCAUUGUAGUUGUGGGUUUGUUGUUAAAAGUUGCACAAAGUUGCCCAGAACUGAGACAAUGCUUCCCAGAGGCAGUCGUAACUGUGCCCUGCCAAAACGAUCCCACCCUAGAAUGGACCUCGGAGCCAAGCGAUAUAGACUGUAGCAUUUACGUUUCCUGUUUCAAUGCUAUCGGCAUAAAGAUGUGCUGUCCGGAUGGGAUGCUCUUCAAUCCAGACACACUUAAAUGUGACGAUGAAAGCAAUGUGGACUGUCAAAUCGAGCCCCCGCCAUGUCCGCAAACGACAACGACGACCAUGCCGGAUACUACGACAGCCCUGGCCGAUACUACGACGAACGAUGCAGACACCACGAUGGUAACAAAUCCUGCGGAAACAACGACCGAUUUAAGCACUGACGAAACUUCGACUACAACGGAUGAAACAGAUACCACCACGCAACCAAUUACAACUACCGAAGAAAUUACUUCGACCGCAGCGAUAGAUACCACCACCGUCCAGCAGGGGCCAGACUUAGCCGCACUUUGUGCAGCACUAUCUACGGAUUCGUUAGUGGAAUUGGCAUAUCCCGGAGAGUGCAGUUCAUACAUUGUGUGUUUGGAUAGGCAAUACAUUGCCACCGAAGUAUGCCCGGCCGGACUACACCACAAUCCCAUACUGUCCGUCUGCGACUCGCCAGACCAAGCAGAGUGUUUGGAUUACAUUUGUCAGAACAAUCCCGAGGGCAGCCAAAUAAAUAUAGCCAGCAUAAACUCCUGCCAAAGAUAUUACAUAUGCAUUGGCAACAUGACAGUAGAACGGUUCUGCGCGCCAGGUACAAUCUACGAUGCCGAGAAUGGUUGGUGUAUCGUCGAAGACAUGGAUAAUCCUUGUGUGCGCGAACGACUCCCCGCCCCACCUCAAGGGGUAAUCUUGCAGUGCACGGGAGAAAAUGAAUUAAUCAAAAUACGCCAUCCUACGAUGUGCGAUGUGUAUUACCGAUGUCUUAACGGGCGGCUUUGGGCGCGACAGUGCCCCGCGGGUCUUUAUUUCGAUACAGAUCGAGCUCAAUGCAACUUAGCAGAAGUUGUGUCGUGUGAAGUACAGCAAUAGUAUACGUAAAUAUGAAAAUAUAUAUUGUUUUAGAAAUGUUUACACAUUGCAAGCUUUUUGUGAGGAAAGGGUUACUCACAUGCGAACAAACAUUACAGGGGUGCAAAUACAAGAAAUGCCGGCAUAACGAUAAUCGAAAUGAAUAAAUUUAAUCAUAGAAACAUUGUCUGUCUA